GUUACGAUGACUGCGGCAGCCGAGGUCCUCGAGAGCAGGAACGUUCAAAUUCCGACAGACUGUUCGUAACGGAUCAUGAUAUACAUUUACAGUCUGCUUCUUGGCCUGGAUCCCUUCCUCCACCGUGGCCAGCACGAAGUUGUGCUUGAGCACCUUGUGGCUGGUCUCGUUCAGGAACCCGCGCGCCCGCGUCAGCUCGGGAUCGGUCUCCGUCGUCAAAUUCUGGGGGAAAAGGACAUCAUUGUCGUCGUCGUCAGUGUCUACGCCAUGUGACGGACGUAACAGACGGGGGGACGGACCUCGAUGAGACUGCUCUUGACGCCGAACACGGCGUCGCUCUGCAGGUACGGGUCGCCGCUGGGGUACAGCGCCGUGAUGAGCUUCUCGAAGCCAGGCGCCUGGGCGGAGGGUGCUCAGACUUUGGGGCGGAUGCACCUAUGCACGAUCGGGGAGGACACACCUCGAGCAUCAUGUGCAGGUGCGACGGCCGGAAGACGUGCCGGCCGAGCGCGUCGAGCAGGUUCCCGACGGGUCCGUCGCUCGGGAUCGGAUAGGACACGGGGCUGGGCGGGCGUGGGCGUGGGUAUGUGAAUGAAGCGAGAGGGCGCGUGGAUUACUCACACGACCGCGCGGUAGAAGAACGACCCGUCGUCGGUGGUGCGCAGACGGCCGCGGCAGUCCGGGCGUCCGCGGUUGGAGUACUGGGCAUCAGCUAUACGUGAGCGGGGAGCGGAGAGUCCACCGGAUCUGGCCGACGCACCUGGGUGUCGUAGAGCCCGUCGCUGUCCGUCUCCCAAGUAUCGAUGAUGCAGUUGGGGAUCGGAUUUCCCUUGGUGUCGAGGACCUUGCCCUCGACCCACAUGUACUCACCCUUUCCUUCCGACGCGAUGCUCUCCCCGUUCUCAACUGCGGGGUGGUGAGCUAAGCUGUACCAUCAGCACGAAUUCACUGACAGUCCAUCGCAUCGGUGGUGAAGAAGGGGCCGAGGACCGUGGACUCGGUCGCGCCGGGCGGCUUGGCAUGGUUCAUCGAGUCGACGAGCGCCGAGACGCCGAGGACGUCGGAGAGGAGGAUGAACUCCUGCCGGAUGUCGGUGCACUUCUGCCCGGUCUUCGUCAAGAAAAGGAGCGCCGUCCUUUCGGAGGGGGGGGCUUCUCUCAGCCAAUCACACGCGCAGAAUUGCUAGUGCCACACGCACAUCCACUCCUCGGUCGUGAUCGAAGUCUCGCGCACGAAGUCGUGCAGGUGCUUUACCUGGCAUUCUACGGUCAUUCACUCCAUCCAGAUCAGAGAAGACGACCAGAGCCGCGGCCGCGCACCAGAUUCGUCAUGACGAACUUCAUCCGCGGAUCUCCGCCUUUAUCGUUCAUCGCGAGCACGUUCUGUGUGAUGUUCUCCGCCGACAUGUCGAGGUUCUGCGGCAGCUUGGACACGUCGAUCGUGUGCUGCUGCGCGCGUCGGGCAGCCAGGAUCGCGGGUUCGGUGGUGGGAGCAGACAUGGUCGAUGAGGCAGGCAGGCAAGCGCUGUGGAUGUGCGAAUUCGGAUGCGCAGGGGCAUAGUCCAUUAUAAGGGCACACCGGGCCGAAGACAAGAAUCGCCGAGGAGACGCGGUCACGUGAGAGCCGAUCCAAGCGCGAGAAGAUAAACCCAUGUAUGUGGCUCCCCGUCACGCAUCGAACCCGGUUUACAUACGCUGGAUUAUCCGCGGGUUUGUCAACAUUACAAUUGCUAUGUACGUGUGCAUUAUAAAGAUCCGAGCUAUGUUCAUAAAAGAGUGGCGCCGAAAAGUAUGUAGCAGUAGUGGGCUGAAAAAUGUACAGUAAAUCGAACCUAGUAUGUGUGGUGAUCGUAAUUCAUGGCGCAGGCCGCUUGGACGCGUGACCAUUCGUCCAGCCAAUCAGCGGGCAGUUCCGGUGCAGGGGCCAAAUCAUGCCCAGUGCCACCACCGCCACCUCCACCAUAAGCAGGGUCUGCGUAGUACGGCAGCCCGUCCCACGCGUCCGCCGGCGGCAUAGACGCCGCCUGCAGCGGGCUGAGGGGAGCCGCAAGGGGCUGGUAUACGCCGGCGGUGGGCAUGGCGGGGAACUCGGGGGGCAGACACGGAUCGAAGGCGGGCACGGGAGAAUGCACAUCCGCGGACGGAUAGAUCGCGAAGGCGGCGGGCUCGGG